AUGGAUAAAUGGGCUGGUGAUUCGUCGUCAGAGGAUGAUGACCUUUUAGAGCAGCUUUCGUGCAGACCACCCAAGGAAUCUAGCGCCUGUUUGCCCCAAAGCAGGCCAGAAACGAAUAACACUGACGUUUUGAAAAAACUUGCCCUAUUAGAAGAAAAGCUGCUGACGGCCCAAGGCGAAGCUAGUAUUCUUAGAGGGAGACUUGAAAUCACCCGAUUGGAAAAUGAGACUGAACAUAAGAAGCAGACCGAGAAGGCUCGCGAACAGUCAAAUUUACAUCAGCAAGAGAUCGAGAAACUUAAGAUUGAGUUACAAAGGGCUGAAGAUGAGAAGAAGUUUUCGGCCAUGACAGAAAAGCUCAAGCCGCGGCACAUGGGAGGCGCCACGAAUUCUUCUAAUAUCACACCAGAUUCGUCUGUUAAUUCGACCAAAGUAUCCGUUAAGAGAAGAAAAGUAGAAGACUCUCCAAAAGUCGAGUUGGCUUCUUUAAAACAACAUCAUGUGGUAACGGACGAGGUUAGCGAUUUUUACGAUGUUCUUAUAACGCAUCGACUCCCAGGGUCAGAUUUGACAACGAUGGAGAUACUAAAUCAGAUUAGACUAGAGUUUGUCGGCCCUUUGAAAUUUAAAAGUUUAUCCAUUUCAUCCGAAAUUUCAAUUGGGAGAAGUAUCUUUGGUAUGCUGGCUGAACUGAAGAAAAGAUCUAUCAAAUUGGAUGGAAUGAUCGAUGUCGUUUUAGAGAGCUUGGCUGUUUUGAUAAAGGAGAUCUCUCACAAUGAGAAAGAAUGCCGAACAGCGGUUCCUUUCCUCGUUGCCUUAAUGUUUCAAACGAUAACGUUUAGGCCCAGCGCCGUACGUGAGACAGCCCUCAAAGAUAUUUUUAUGUUUGGCUCUGAUUUGAUUCGCGUCAAUCGUCACGUUCUCAAAAAACCAUUGCAUCGAACUGUCCAUGAUUUAGGCGUCGGACCACCUACAUUUCAAUAUGAGUUCAUUGACAUCCUGGUCGUACUAUAUUCUUUUGACAUCCUGGAAAGGACGCUUAAGAUCCUACAAACUCAAUCAGCACAAGCUUCAGCGGCUUUCGUAGACGAGUCCUUUCUCAAAGCCUUGGAUGAUCUUAUGCGGUAUAGUCUGAGCAUAUCUCAUCAACCGGUUUUCAACGUGAUUUAUAAUUCGGUGGAGAUGCUGAAUUGCAUAACGAGCAUCGUUCUCGAAAAUUUACAGAUAAGGGACAAAAUUAAGCUGGAAUGGUGGAUUAACGCGUCAAGACGCACGAUUAAUAUAUUCGAAAGGAAGGCAGUCAAUGUUUACUCAACUGAUUCGAAAAACAGUUGUUUGUAUCUGUCGAAAGAUACCAACAUUUACGGCCUUAUCCGUCAUAUGGGGGAUAACCACAACGGUGCCUACCUUUCGAAAUUAGUCUCCAAAGACACAGUCCAGAGUAUACCUGAAGUUAUUAUGAAGGACUUCGAGGAUGAUGAUGACUUGUGCGAGUUUACGGUUGACGUGGAGUGGUGGUCAAUAAGACUGAAAAAGUCAAUUCUGAAAUGCUUCGAGAAACUGCUUCUAAUCUAUGACAGAUUGGGCAAUGAACAAGAGCUCUUUAUAUCUUGUGCGAGGCAGCUUGCUAUUCAACAGGAAACACUGUUGACGGUCCUCGCAGGUCGUGACUCGGAAAAUAUAGUCACGCAUUGCGAAUUCAUCUCGCAAUGUGUCGAAUUUAUCUACUCUAUUUGGAAAAGGGGCCAAUGCGAACCAUUACAGGUGAAGGAAGUAGAAUCUGAAUUGACUGUUGCUUUGUGGCGGAUUGUGUUCGGGACUUCUUCUAGAGAAAAUUUGCUAGAGGUCGAAGGAGACGGCUACAAAGAUUUGGUUGAUCGCAUCCAUCAAUUUGAAAUCUCAGAUGACCAAGAUUUUUUUGUAGACGCUUUUGACGGGCAUUUGCCUGACUUCAUUACCCGCGAGCUCGAGCAGGGCAGCAACGUACGAUCUUAUGAAAUCACGACGCUUGGCAUCGAAGAGCACGUCAAAGGAAUGGCGAAAGCCAUGCUAGAGGAAAUGACGUCGAUGGAAGACGCCGAUGAUCUGUACAUGGCUAUGGUACAAGAGCCCGAGGCAUUGAUACCCCAAAAUGCAUGA